CCCUGCCAUAGCUGAAGGUGAGUCGUUAAUGACGUUAACUUCGGCCACGUCCAUGUUGCUAAACGACCUAGUCAAGAUACUAUAAUCCGUAUUAUCAUUUACCUAAAACAUGGAAGCUGUAGACUAUGCACGUUAUCCCCUCUGAAUCAGUCGCAAGUGAGAUCCCUAGGAGCAAUGACCGUAUGGAAUAGAGGAAGACGCUACUGGUUUGGACCAAUAUGCCCUAUGCCGUGUCAUGUGGAUUAUCCCCGCUUUCCAUUUCGAUUCUCUCCAACAGCCUUAUGACCUGAGAUCCACGAGCCCUUGCUCAUUUCAGCUCGUCCUUCUGAUGAACGCCGUGCUGGUUCGAGGCAUUGCUCAGGCCCGAACAGUCGGUGCAAUUACUACAGUUCAAACAGUCGUUGCAGUCCUUGCAAUUGGAAGAGCUGGAACAGUCCUCACAAUCAGUGCAAUUAGAGCAAUCAGUGCAACUGGUACAGUUCGUGCAGUUCGAACAGUUCUUGCCUAGGAAACCAAAAAUCGUCAGUUUGUCCUCAAAAACAAUGAUAUUUCAACCCACAGUCCUUGCAAUUAGUGCAGUUGGUAUUUCCGUUUCCGUCAGACAUCUUUGUUACUGAAAGUUUCUUCGCCGGUGGUGGUUGAUGGUGUGAGACAGCUGGGAUGGAAAUUUGAGCUGAGCGCUGAAGAUAUUUCUCA